GCUCUCUUUCACGUUUAUUUGCCCAUGAUGUGAUUGUGAAACAUUAACUAGCAGUUUAAACAUUUGUCCCCUUCUCUGCAGAGCUAUUCACUCACAGAACUCAAAGACGAUGUGGUGUCAACCAUGACUUCCAGCAGAACAAACCCAGGCUCUGACAAACUGGAUAACCUGAACAGCCAGGUCAACGACGUGAAAGAUAUUCUGAAAGACAACAUUGGAAAAGUGUUAGACAGAGGAGAACGGCUAGAUGAUCUUAUUGGCAAGACAGAUGAGCUUCAAGCAACUGCUGAAUCCUUCCAGAGGACGUCCACAAAGAUUGCAAGGAAGAUGUGGUGGAGAAACAAAAAGAUGAUAAUUAUUCUUGUCAUUGUAGUGCUGAUUAUCCUAAUUGUGAUCAUUCUUCUUGCCACCAAUGUUAUUCCCACAUAGUCCUCAGGCUUCCUUUAGAAAGAGCACAAUUGUAAUGCUCUGUAAUGUUCUUGUAUGUGUUGUUUUUCAAGAUCACUGCUGAAUCACGCGAAAAACUGAAAUCAACUUAUAACUGAAGCACAGCCAAUUUGUCAAAAUGAAAAGAAAAACGACUAAAACCCUGAAGCCCCUAUAGAAAUUAAAGAAGAAGUUCAUUUAGAAGAGUCGUCAAAUUUGUUAUCUCUGAACUAGCAUUAAAGGCUACGAAUGUGCAUCCACAAUGGCUAUUUGCAUAAAACCUAUUUAGCGUCACAAAGAUGCCCUGCAGGCUGCCUUACCUGAUGCACACAGAUUCAGAAAAUCCCAUGCAGACCACCUUCAAGACUGAAAUAGCUGAGAUCUCCCCAUUAUAUGUCAUGUCUUUAUCUAAUGAAGUAAAAAAGACAUGCAGUGCUGCCGGAGAAUCGACUGGUCUCAUUCAGUCAGCAUGAAGACACAGGCAUUGCGGUUGUGGAGCUGAUUCUGGCUGAUAGCAGCCCAUGUAAGUGUGCGUGGCAGGCAGCUUUUUGCACGGCUGGCAAGGCCAUGCCAGCAGAAGGUGAUGAGCAAGAAGGCAUAAAGAGAAGACUUGUUUGUUUUGUUGUACUUCUCUCUCCAGCACUGUCUUUGCCCAAUGAAAGCUGCAGCAUGAUUGUGCUGUUUUGUGAAAGAACAUAUAAACACAUACCACAUGUGAAA